AUGGUAACCCACAUCCAUCAAAAAUUUUAUCGGUCUAAUGCAACCAAAUUAUCAGAAGCUGAUAUUAAUGAGAUUAGAGAAUCAAGAGGAAAAAUACCAAAUGCAUCAGCUAGGAUGUCGAAAAAAUUUCAUAUUGGUGCCCGUCGUGUAUAUGAAAUAUGGGAGCAUAGUGAACGACUCCAACAAAGUCUCAAUAAUUGGAAUGAUUUUCCGCCAAAUCCAGAUGGAGAUGAUAGUAGUCGACAAAUAUCUGAUUCAUUACAAACCAAGGAAAUUCCAAUUAUAGCAACAACAAUAAAAAAUAAAAAAGAAUCCAAAGAAAAUAGCAAAGCUAGCACGGCUAAAUCUAAAACUAUGGAUACACUCGUUAUUGCUGGUAAUUCAUCAGUUAAGUUGGCACGGUCCUCACAAAGUGAAUCAAAAAAAAUAAGCCGGGAAGAAUUAGAUGCAUACUACAAGCAAGAAAACGAAGACGAUAAAAAACAUAAAGCAAAUAUGGCUCGUUUAUUUUCUAAUUAA